GUUGUGUGGGGGUGUAUAUAUCAAGACUAUCGAAAUGAUGUGUUACUAGCAAAGUAAUGACAGAGUAGCUAUGAACCUCCUGGAAUCAGUGUAUUAUAUUCCGUUAAUUUUGAUGUGGGAGCUAUAUCCCAGUGUGUCCGCUGUACCUCAAGGUCCAAGGUAGCAAGGGUUGUCUGGCAUUUCGGGACCUAUGUUUCGGAGAUUUCCUUAGCUGUUCAAGUAAUGAUAUUUUCCUUGAGUUCCAGACAGCUAUUGAAGUACACAUCUUAUAGGUUAACUCAAUACGACCAGACAACGGUUCGUUGCCAUGGAAGCUGUCACCUACAUUGGGAAGGAAGAGGAUGGCAUCAUCGUUAUGGAGGAGCAGAAUGGAGGUGACCACGUCAUGGAAACUCAGAAAGAUGCAAGGAGAAGAGCCGAUCUAAUUCUAAGCAAGAUGGGGAGUAAGAUGGCGUACAAGCUUGGCGAUCGACCACCCUGGUAUUCAACAAUAGUCCUCGCAUUCCAGCAUUUUAUAUCAAUGUUCGGUGGAUGUCUCACCGUACCAUUUGUAGUUGGACCGGCUCUGUGCAUGGACGGGAACAUCAUGCUCCUCUCCAAGCUCCUAGCAACAGUAUGCUUUCUAUCUGGGAUACAAACAUUCAUCAUGACUACCUUUGGUAUACGGCUCCCAAUAGUACAGGGACCAUCGUUUGCUUUUGUCAUACCUAUAAUCUCAAUGAUGAAUGUGCGAGAGGCUUGUCCAGCUCAAGACGGUAAUUCAACAAGUACUGAGCGAGAAGAGGAGUUUUACGGUCGCAUGCAAGAGGUUCAAGGGGCUCUCUUGGUGUCCUCACUUUUUGAGCUAUUAUUGGGUUUCAGUGGCGUCAUCAGUUUCCUGAUGAAGUUCAUUGGACCUCUAACAAUAACACCAACUGUUACUCUCAUUGGCCUCUCCCUUACGCCAGUAGCAACGAAGAACUGCAGUGUCCACUGGGGAAUCGCCUCAUUCACGAUGUUGAUCAUCAUUAUCUGUUCACAAUACAUUGACCGAUUUAAUGUACCCUGUGUUGGAUUCAGCAAGAGCAAGAGAUGCCAUGUCUUUAGGUAUCCACUCUUUCGGCUAUUUCCAAUCUUCAUCGCUGCAGUUCUUUCAUGGAUUCUGUGUUUUAUACUGACGAUUACUAAUGUUUUCCCAGACGAUCCUAGUUCACCAAACUAUCAAGUUCGUACCGAUGCAAACAGUGAAGGGGUGGCAAAUACACCUUGGUUCUAUUUCCCCUACCCAGGCCAGUGGGGAGCACCCUCCGUUACAGCGGGAAGUGUUCUUGGGAUGUGCGCUGCCGCCAUUGCGUCCAUCGUCGAGUCUAUCGGGGAUUAUUACGCAUGCGCAAAGCUUUCAGGGGCUUCAAAUCCACCGGAUCAUGCACUGAAUAGAGGGAUCGGUAUUGAGGGUUUUGGAGGUAUUCUUGCGGGACUCUGGGGGUCGGGUGUAAGCAGCACGUCCUAUUCAAGCAAUGUUGGCAUGAUCGGAUUAACAAAAGUAAGCAGUCUCUUGGUCAUCCAAGUGAUGUCCGUGUACCUUGUUUUGAUGGGGAUGCUUCUUAAGUUUGGUGCUGUCUUUGCUACGAUACCUGCACCAAUCAUCGGUGGAAUACUUGCAGUUACAGUCGGAAUGGUAACAUCAGUGGGUAUUUCAAAUCUUCAGUAUGUGGACAUUAACUCACCAAGAAAUCUUUUCAUCGUUGGCUUUUCUCUUCUGCUGGGAACAAGUCUUCCUGACUACAUGUCGAAAAAUCCAGGUGCUAUCCAGACAGGCUCAAGUACAGUUGAUCAGAUACUGUUAGUCCUUCUUGGUACUAGCAUGUUCAUUGGUGGCUUAACUGGUUUCAUCCUUGACAACACGAUACCAGGUUCCCCUGAAGAGCGUGGCAUAGGACGGAUGCUAACUACUUAUAGUUCUUCCAGCGACGAUAAGGACGACGAUGAAGUCAUUGAAGACGAUGACGAGCUCAAUGCUGAAGUAUCUCGUCUUGUCAAUCAGAGUUAUGAUUUACCAUUUGGAAUGUCGUACAUCAGACGCUUGGAAUGGACGUCGAAGAUUCCCUUUUGCCCGACAUUUUCUGGUUUUGGCUGCACGUGCACAUCCAAGUAUAGACUCUGGAAGGGAAGAUCCAAGGGAUCCGAUAUUCUACAGUAAUAAGAGCUUGUGACAUUGCUAAAGGAUUUUAUUCUAUGCUUUAACGCAGGCGCAGUUCCCCCCCCCCCAAAAAAAAAAAAUAUCGCUCAAGCCCACCCCCCUUAAACUAUUCGACCACAAAGAAAAAUUGUAGAUAUAUAUGUAGGCCCUCUUACAACCGAUAAUGUCGCACCAACGCAUAAUGUCGCAGAUUGCGACAUUAUGCCAAGAGCGUCCAACGCAUAGUGUCGCAGUCAACGCAUAAUGUCGUAGCUUUUCUACUAACGCAUAACGUCACAAGUCUUAACGCAUAAUGUCGCAGCAGCGUUCGCUUCAGGACUCGAGUUAAAUAUAAGACAUAAAAUAUGUUUCCACUGAUGUGCAAGCUCUGUCAUCUGAAAGUUUUUAAGAGCGUGUUUGGUGGGGCAGGGGAGGGGGUCAGUUAGUCAGUAUCGAAUUCAUUGUCAGGAGAAGGGGAUGAGCUUUGAAAAAUUGUAAUGUGUGGACUAGUGAAACGCAAGUAUACGCAUAUCACGAUUCAUCUGUGCAUAUCGCUAUACAUGCAAUUCAACUUAUUUUGCAGGAGAGUAAAGUCAUCUAGCUGAAAAUUGAAUACAAAUUUAGUUACAUUUCAUUGAUGUUCAUGACAUUUUAAUAAAGAAAUCAUAUUUCGUAUUGUUACUCGGAAUGUGCCAUCAAUAUAUAAAAAUCUAGCGCGCGAUUCGCGCUCAGAUAUCUUAUAACUGCCGAAAACUGCUCAGAAUGUUAAUUGCUUUGGUCUAAAUGCAUCAAAUAUCCAAAAAGUUGAGCUCGCUCUCAUUAUCUAUGUAGGCAAUGUGAGAUAGCCUAUCUUGUUUGUAAGAAUAAAGCUAAUUAAAUGCACUUGUUACUUCAGUCUUUAGUUGGCCUGCUCCCUCUAUAAACCAACAGCAAAAAUUGGCUUUUAGCGGCCCAUCGGGGAAACAGGAAUGAAAACAUUCUGCGCCCCACCCCCUUUUGGCGAAAUCCCGCUUUAUAUAAUGUAUUAGAAACAUGCGUGCUCUGACCCUGGACUCCAGCAGGGACCCAAAAAGUUGGAUCCAGCGCCCUAGUCGCGCUUCACACUAACAUAAAUUUUAGUCCCCUCUAUCCCUUUUCCUUUGCCACCCACCAGUUUUGAAAUCCUGGUGCCGCCACUGCUCGGGGGCUCUCGUUAUUUAGAAGAGAAACGAAAACAGGUUGUCAAUGCUUGUAAAACAUUGUAAUGCCCGGUUAUUUUAUUUUAUUGUUUUAAAAGAAAUAUACACAGAUAUUUUUAUAUGAGGAGGGGAUGUGAUAAUGUGAAAAACGAAUCUAAAGUCUAAACGAAUCUAAAGAUUUCUUGCACAUAUUAGAGAAAUUUGUGAAACUCUUCAGUAAGAAAGGAAGGACUUCACUUUUUUUCCGGGGGCUCUAAUUCUGCCCCUCCCGCUACGUACCAAGUUGUUAUUAAUUUAUCACGUGCUCCCCUCUCCCCCACGGGAGAUUCGUAUAGGACCUAUCGCUUUAAAAUUAUUGUUCAUACGGUACAUUCCGAGUUACAAUACGAAAUAUAAUUUCUUUCUUAAAAUGUCAUGAACAACGAUAAAAUAUGAUUUUUU